AUGUCCGCCUACUUAUCGGCAGCCCACCAACUCCUACAAAAGUUCCAGGCUUACGAGAUUCAGCAGAUCCCCAGGUCAGAAAACAGCCACGCAGAUGCGCUCGCGCGUUUAGCUUCGGGAAUCAACGAUAAGAUCAGGAGAAAGGUGCCGGUGGAGAUAUUAUCCCAGCCAAGCACGAAAACGGCAGAGAACUUUGCCCACCGAUCAGAAGCUCCUGUACCGAUCAGCAGAUACAUAGUGAUCAACGAUGUCCUGUACAAGCGAAGCUACACCACGCCGUAUCUGAAAUGCCUCACUAAGGAACAGGGGGACUACGUCCUUCGGGAAGUCCACAGUGGGGUCUGCGGUGACCACUCAGGGUCCCCGAUCGAUAGCGCACAAAGUCUUCCGGCAAGGGUAUUGCUGGCCGACCCUACACCAAGAUGCGAACGUCCUAGUUAA